AUGUCCUUAGCCAGAACAGCUAUGAAGGUCCUGGUCCUUAUCACUCUGGGUCUGGUCGCCCUGGCCGCCGCCCGACCCUCUGACAUCAUCGACUUCGAGGAGGACCACAUGGAGCACGAGCAGGAGGGCGUGGCAGGAACGGCCGUGGAGGGCGAGUACUCGUGGGUAGCGCCCGACGGGAACGAGUACUACGUCAAGUACAUCGCCGACCGCUUCGGUUACCGCAUCGUCGAGGACAACGUUCUGCCAGAGUUCCGAGACGCCAAACCUGACGGUGAAAUGGCCGAGGACGAUGACGACGACGACGCUGCUGAAUUCCGUGCUGAUGAGGACGAGGAGGACGACGAUUAGAUGAAAUAUAUUACGAAUAUGUUGUAAUGUUCACUGAAAAUACGAGAAAAAAUAAAUAUUUUCUUUUUUA